GAACGGAGGCUGCUCUGCGCUGACCUUGAGCCAGCUGCUCGCCCGCACUGAUAAGAGUGCGCGUCCCUGGCCAUGCACAGGCCUAGGCGCUAGCGGGCGUUCAUUUUUCCUGCUGGUCGGUAGACUUCCAAUAUCGCCCGACUGAGUGUUCACCGACUGGGAAACACUCAAAGUGGGGCACGGCUGUAGGACGGCCUGGGGAACCUGCAGAGUCAGGAACACCUUGCUUACUAAAACUAUACUCUCGCUGGAGCUCAGUUCUCUCUCAUGUCUUUGCGAUGGUGCUGGCUUCACCAGGAACAUCUCUCCCCGACUUUGCUUCCAGCAUUUCAGAAUCUGCAAACGUUAGCUCAGAGGCCAUUUGUUUCUGAACCUUUCUUUGGCCCCUUCUCUGGGCUCCUGCUGCUCCCACGCAGGCCUCUCACAACACUUGAAACAUUGUCAUUACCCCUACAAGGAAGUGAAGCCAGAGGACAGGGGGCAGGGCUGCUCCUCUGUGUCCAGGGUCCAGCAGAGGGACUUCGGAGAGGAUGGGAGCCCCAGGGCAGCUGGAGCGUGAGACAGCCCAGGGCUGGAGUAUGGGGGCUGGGUCCUUCCCUGAGUGGAAGUGUCCCUUUAACAAGGGCUGGCCUGGCCUGCUUCGGCGCCUCUUUGACUCCUGUUUCAGCUGUGGCUGCAGCUGCCGUGCUGACUCAUGCACCAGCAGCUAGCAAGAGCAGGAGCAUGGGCUCACCAGGAGCUGUGGCCGGCUGGGGGCUUCUGGAUUACAAGACCGAGAAGUAUGUGAUGACCAGGAACUGGCGAGUGGGUGCCUUGCAAAGGUUAUUCCAGCUCGGAGUCGUGACCUAUGUGGUGGGGUGGGCUCUCCUCGCCAAAAAAGGCUACCAGGAAUGGGACCUGGACCCCCAGAUUUCUGUCAUCACCAAACUCAAAGGGGUUUCCGUGACUCAGAUCAAGGAGCUGGGGGACCGGCUGUGGGAUGUGGCUGACUUUGUGAAGCCACCACAGGGAGAGAACGUGUUCUUCCUGGUGACCAAUUUCCUUGUGACACCAACUCAAGUUCAGGGCAGAUGCCCAGAGCACCCCUCUGUCCCACUGGCUAACUGCUGGGCUGACGAGGACUGCCCUGAAGGGGAGACAGGAACACACAGCCAUGGCAUAAAAACAGGUCAGUGUGUGGUGUUCAAUGGCACCCACAGGACCUGUGAGAUCCAGAGCUGGUGCCCAGUGGAGAACAGCACGGUGUCCACGAGGCCCCUGCUGAUGCAAGCCGAGAACUUCACACUGUUCAUCAAGAACACCGUUACCUUCAGCAAGUUCAACUUUUCCAAAACCAAUUCCUUAGACACCUGGGAUGCUGCCUAUUUCAAGCAGUGUCGCUACGAUCCACUCUCCAGCCCUUACUGCCCCGUGUUCCGCAUUGGGGACCUCGUGACUGCAGCUGGAGGGGACUUCGAGGACCUGGCACUGAUGGGUGGUGCUGUGAGCAUCCGUGUCCAUUGGGAUUGUGAUCUGGACACUGGGGGCUCCGACUGCUGGCCACACUACUCCUUCCAGCUGCAGGAGACGAGCUACAACUUCAGGACAGCCAGCCACUGGUGGGAGGCUCCAGGUGUGGAAGGUCGCAGCCUGCUUAAGCUCUUCGGGAUCCGCUUUGACAUCCUCGUCACUGGGCAGGCAGGGAAGUUCGGGCUCAUCCCCACGGCCAUCACAGUGGGCACCGGAGCAGCUUGGCUGGGUGUGGUCACCUUCCUCUGUGAUCUGCUGCUGCUGUAUGUGGAUAGAGAAGCCCAUUUCUACUGGAGGACGAAGUAUGAGGAGGCAAAAGCCCCAAAGGCGACUGCCAGCCUUUCAUGGACCAAGCCGGUUUUCACACCCGCAAGUCCAGCUGUCCAGAUGCCUUAGGUGGUACCACCACCUGUCCCCACAGCCGCUGCUUCCCGGUGCCAGACGCAUUCAUGGUUGUUCCUGUCUGGGCUCCAGCACCCACUUGCUUGCCUAUUCCUGAGGCCCAUAGCCACUCUGUGUUUGUUGGGGUCUGGGGAACAGGGAUGGAAAGGGCAGGGGUCCUGGCUUAGGAACCUCAAGGAUGGAACCCCAGAAGGUCUGGGGUAGGAGUCGGAGGGAGAACUCUGCCCUUGAACUCCCAGGAAGACUGCCUCUCCUGAGUCCAGCCUUGGCAAAUUGCUACCUGGGAAGCCACAGAAACCAGUUUUGUGGCACAACAUGAGCUACGGAGGUGAGUGAGCGGGGGCACCUGACUGCACCACAGGUAGAGCGCUCAGCCUGUGAGUGCCUGCCCUUCCCUGUGGCAGCCCUUGGCUGUUACAGACAGUCGGGACAGGGAGGAGAGAGAGGUGGGGCUGAGUUGGUGGUCUUGAGUCUUUGGGGGCCUUCUCUAUAAUUCUCGUAGUUCCUCCACCUUAACCCCCUGGAAACUGACCACUAGGCUUCCUGAGAGCCCCUGGGGUGGAAAGGCCAUACAUCUGGAAUUUACUGCCGCCUCAGUCAUACCUAGGAACAUCUCUGGCCAGCUGCCCAACCCUCAGGUGUGCAGCCUGAGGCACUUCACACCAAAGGCCCUAAUCUUGAUCUUAGGCAGAGUGUCGUGGCUGCAAGGAACUUCUCUAAUAAAGGACGCCACGGUUCCCCUGAAGGUUGGCCAGGUUCUGGUUCUGGAAUCCUUCUGGGGGCCUAAGUCCUACCUGAUGGAAAUUUUCCCUAUGUCCUGGAGACCACAGUAGGAUGGGAGGAACAAAGCCAUGGGAACCAAGCCUUCUCUUGGUUCCAGGGUGGGGCAAGGAUUUGGGAGUACCCACCCCAUGGAAGAAGUGAGAGGCUGCUUUCUCGUGGUGACCAGGGGAGGUGCCAGGGCUUGGGCUGAAGCUGGGCUAGCACUGUAAUCAUCUGGCACUCACAGCCUCAGUAAGUCCUUUGAGGUCCCUGCUGCCUUUAAUCCCUAGGAGCUUAGUGUCCAGAGGGCUGGGAUGGGAAGUCAGGGCCCACAAGGUCUGGUUAUUGGAGGUUGGUCACAUGUACCCAGUUGACCUUGGGGCCUAGAGAAAGCUGAUGUCAUUGCUGGAGUAAAAGCUUGCAAAAGCCA